AUGUGUACUUGUCACACUUACUUUAACUCGAAAGUGGUUUCCUUUGAGAUAUCACCGACUGCCGGUGUUCUCGAAUUUCAUCAGAAGCUUCCGUUGUACAAGCCAACUCGUCUCGUAGGAGCUCCCGAGGCAGCUAAGCGCCUAGGCGUACGGCAUGUAUGGGUUAAAGAUGAGUCAAGUCGAUUCGAAUUACCAGCCUAUAAAAUUCUCGGAGCAUCAUGGGCAACAUAUCGUGAGUUGGAGACUUGUUUCGGUCCUUUCCACCCGUGGUCUAAUCUCGAUGAAUUAAAAGUACAAUUGAAGGAUACCGAUAUAACUCUCGUCGCUGCUACUGACGGAAAUCAUGGUCGAGCUGUAGCACGCAUGGCUAAAUGGCUUGGACUCAAAUCACGCAUUUUCGUUCCAGAUGAUAUGGUAGAAGCUCGAAGAGAAGCAAUUAAAGACGAAGGAGCUCAAGUAGAAAUCGUUCAUGGAACAUAUGAUGAUGCUGUGGCAAAAUCAGCUCACAUAUCAGGUGACAAAUAUCUUGUUAUCAGCGACACAGCAUGGGAAGGCUACGAACGUGUACCUACUUGGAUUGUUGAAGGAUAUGGAACGAUAUUUACAGAAGUCGAUGAGCAACUACGAACACUCGGAAUGGAGCAGCCCCAUGUAGUAGCAGUACAGAUGGGUGUCGGAUCUCUUGCAGCCUCUGUCAUUCGUCACUAUCGUUCGUCGAAUCAUACAACACGUAUUCUCGGUGUUGAACCAACACGUGCUGCAUGUGUACUUCGUUCACUAGAAGCAGAUGAGCUCAAAGAAGUACCGGGUCCACAUAUAUCGAUAAUGGCCGGUCUCAAUUGUGGCAAACCAUCUCCACUUGCAUGGCCUUUCCUACGCAAUGGUCUGAGUGGGUCCGUGGCAAUUGAUGACAGUUUUGCAGAGAAAGCCAUGUGUCUAUUGGCACAAGAUGAAAUAAUAUCAGGAGAGUCCGGAGCAGCCGGUUUAGCUGGCCUCUUGGCUUUAUUUUCUGAAAGAACUGAUGCAGAUAAGGCAUCUCAGAUAUUUGGCAUCGAUCAAAAUAGUAGUAUCCUGAUCAUCUCAACUGAAGGUGCAACUGAUCCGCAAUCGUAUAUUAGGAUUGUUGACAGUGCAUCCAAGACAUGUUGA